AUGUUGAGUCACGUGGCGAGGUUGCUGUCACUCUUGGCAGUAGUAGCUUUGUCUAGCACAGUUAACUACCAGUCAGUAACUCCAGGUAGUGUAAUUGUCUACUCAGAGCUGCCACUAAUCACAGCAUUCGAUCUCUCACUAGUUGAAGGCUUUAUAGACCCCCACUGUAUUGGCGGGAGAGACAGCAUCGUGCACCUGUUUGAGUGGAAAUGGAACGACAUAGCCGCUGAGUGUGAGCGGUUCUUAGGGCCCUACGGCUUCUGUGCCGUACAAACCUCCCCUGCCAAUGAGAACAGGAUCGUCUACAGCCCUAACCGCCCCUGGUGGGAGAGGUACCAGCCGGUCAGCUACAAGAUACAGACCAGGUCUGGGACGGAGGCCGAGUUUAGGAGCAUGGUCCAGCGGUGUCAGGCAGCGGGGGUCAGAAUCUACGUGGAUGUGGUCCUCAAUCACAUGACAGGGGCCGGGGGGUCGGGCCAGGGAACAGCAGGAACUUCCUACGACGCCGGCGGUCUGCAGUUCCCUGGGGUUCCCUUCGGACCGACGGACUUCAACGACUACAGCAACUGUCCGACCUGGGACCUCAACAUCCAUAACUAUAACAACAUCGAUGAGGUCAGGAACUGUCGUCUGGUGAGUCUCCUGGAUCUGAAGAUGGGCAAAGAUUACGUCAGGCAGAAGGCCGCGGAUUUCUUGAACCACCUGAUUGACCUGGGUGUGGUUGGGUUCAGGGUGGACGCUGCCAAACACAUGUGGCCCGGUGACCUCGUCGCUCUCUUCCAGAAGGUCAAGAACAUUCCAGGUGGGGGCAGGCCUUUCCUCUAUCAGGAAGUUAUCGACCAAGGGGGGGAACCGAUAAAAGCAGAGGAAUAUUUUUCUACAGGCAGAGUUACCAACUUUAAGUUUGGCUUGGAGUUAGCCAAGGUGUUUAGACGCCAGAACGCCAUGAAGUGGUUGAGCAACUUCGGCGUGGGAUGGGGCAUGUGGUCAUCUGAGAUGGUGGUCAACUUCAUCGAUAACCAUGACAACCAGAGAGGUCACGGGGGCGGUGGUGGCGUGCUGACCCACUGGGAGCCCAGGCCUUAUAAGCUGGCCACGGCCUUCAUGCUCGCUCACCCCUACGGGAUGUCACGUAUCAUGAGCAGCUUCGAGUAUAACAGGGCCAACGACUACGAGGGGCCACCACAUAACGGUGAUAUGAGCAUCAAGGACGUGACGCUCAGCGGUAUGAUCUGUAACAACGGCUGGUCGUGUGAGCAUAGAUGGCGUCAGAUCUACAACAUGGUUGCCUUCCGCAACAUGGCCAGGGGUACAGCGGUCAACAACUGGUGGUCAGGUGCCGACUAUCAGAUCGCUUUCUCUAGGGGAGACAAGGCUUUCAUCGCCCUCAACCUGGAGGGUUAUGAUAUCAACCAGACACUGCAGACCGGUUUACCAUCCGGUACCUAUUGUGACGUCAUCAGCGGUAACUAUGAAAACGGCCGGUGUACGGGCGCCUCCGUCAACGUAGGUUCUGACGGUAGAGCACACAUCAAUGUUUGCUCCCAGUGUGACGAUCCUAUGGUCGCCAUACACGUUGGUGCAAAAGUCGGAUCGCCAGCACAAAGGUAUUAGCACCAGACAGAAUUUGCUAGAAUAUUUAUUAAAGUAUUGAUUUCACAAAGGUAUUAGCACCAAACAGUAUUUGCUAGAAUAUUUAUUAAAGUAUUGAUGUA